AUGGAUCCAGCCCACCUGCGCCGCAAGGACACCACCAAGGGUCCUCCGCUGCGGAUUCUAUCUCUAGAUGGCGGUGGUGUUCGUGGCUACUCCAUGCUUAUUCUCCUCCAGGAACUCAUGUACCGCACUUAUGUUGAAUGCGAAGGCAAGCCUCCGCGUCGAGACCAGAUUCCCAAACCUUGCGAUCACUUCGACUUGAUCGCUGGUACCGGUACUGGCGGCUUGAUCGCCCUAAUGCUCGGUCGCCUCCGCCUAGAUCUCGAGACCUGCAAAGAAGUAUACGUGCGCAUGACUCGCAAAGUAUUCGAGACCGACAAGACCAUCGCUGGUAUUCCCUACCGCUCGACCUUGUUCAAGGCCUCGAAGCUCGAGGAGGCGAUCCGCGAAUGUGUGCGGGAACAUACAGUGUACGAGACGGAGGGAAAUGACACGGGGAAUUCUCCUAAUCGUGAUUCCAUGACUUCUAUGACCAGCUUGCCAUACAGCCCAGCCUCGAUUCCGCAACGCUCUAUUAGUCGGGGCAGUUUCAGCACCGCUGCUGCUUCGCAUCCAAUGUCCCCGACAAGCCAAAGAGGCUCCGUUUUUCUUAAUGGGUUGCGUUGGGGUAAUCCAGACGCGCUGCUUUAUGAUAACCGAGAAAAUCGGACGAAAACUGCGGUCACUGCUAUGUACAAGGGCACUCCGCGCAAAGGAUCGGCUGUCCUUCUACGGUCCUACGACUCCCGCCGAGAACCUCCACCUGAAUUCGACUGUACUAUCUGGCAAGCAGGACGUGCGACAUCUGCGACAGGGCUUGCUUUCAAGCCCAUCCAGAUUGGUCAACACCAUUUUAUUGAUGAGGGUCAUGGCACAUUCAACCCCGCGCCGCUGGUUCUUGAUGAGGCUGUCGUGAAUGAGUGGCCAGGUCGGGAGGUUGGGGUCUUUGUCAGUGUGGGAACUGGAAAGCGCCCAGCCGGCACCAAUAACCGACAACAUGAAUGGUGGGAGGAUGUCUUCAGCGACUCGUUGGGCACAUUUGCUGAAGCGCGGCGUCGACUGAUGACGAAGAUUGAGGGCUGCGAGGAUAUUCACAAUGAUAUGCUUCGAGACCGUCUCGCGAAGCGCAAUGUCAGCAAAGACAAUUAUUUCCGCCUCAACGUCGAGGUCGGGGUCGGCGAGUUUGGUAUGAACGAAUGGCACCGGCUAGCCGAUAUCAGCACCAACACACGGCAGUAUCUGGCCAGGCCUGAAGUCAAGAAGAUGAUUCUAGAAGCAAGUGUGAGAUUUGCUAAGAUCGACCGCAUGAACCGCCGUCUGGCGAGCCAUGCCGCAGCUGGCGGGGAUCGCGACGACCUAUCUUUUGAUCUUGAGACUGAAGAGCUUUCGCUUUCUCUUUCUCCUCCCGUCCAAUCACAUGUUCCACCCCCUGCGCACUUCGCUGUCGAACUACCUGCGGAAUUACCUGCGGAGUUCGUUGGCUCCGCACAUCACCCUCCACCUGCACAAGCGCCUCCACCCAUUCCAACCGUGGUGACCACAUCACCAACGGAAGACAGACUCCCGGUUCACCCAACGCCUCAGGAUAGCAUAUCUGUUUCCUCACCUCGGCAAUCUGGCAGUGAUUAUCGUCGAAGCCACGAGCUUGCAAGCCGGCCAAGCUCGCAGCAGCAGAGCUCGCCCUCCCGCAGUGAUGAGUAUUUUGCAACCUUCAAUGGCAUGGCCCCACCGGUGCCGCCCAAGACGCCCAUCCCAUACCCAGCUCAAGAAGACGACGGCGGCGUGGCUAUGCCCGCACCGCUAUUCUCCCAAGCACCAUCAUCUACCUCUAACACAAAAGUCCGACCCCCUUACCCAGUUGAUGAGCCGCCACCAACGGUGAACCGGCAACGCAAGCCCAGCUACCACGUGCGGUGA